CUUGUGGGCCGCGUGGCCGCUAGACUCCUUUCCGCUCCCCUCCAAGAUGGCGGCGGCGGCAGCAGCGGUGGUGUCGGGCGCGGCGGCGGCGCGGAGCCUGGCGCGCUCCCGGGGCGCUCUCCUGCUCCCGCCCCGGCCUCGGGGGCCUGGCCCACGGGCCAACAUGGCCUCUCUGGCUGGCCUUUCCCGGGGCAAGAAGGUGGCCCUGACGACGCUGGGGGUGUUGACGGCAGGCGGGGCGGGCCUGGGCCUGGCUCUUCACACAGCCGUGAGUGCCGGUGAGCUGGAGCUGCAUCCGCCCAACUUCCCCUGGAGCCACAAUGGCAUCCUGUCCUCCCUGGAUCACAGCAGUGUCCGGCGCGGCUACGAGGUGUACAAGCAGGUGUGCUCGGCUUGCCACAGCAUGGAGUAUCUGGCCUUCCGCAAUCUCAUUGGCGUCUCCCACACCGAAGCUGAAGCCAAGGCCUUGGCUGAGGAGAUCGAGGUGCAGGAUGGACCUGACGAGAACGGAGAGAUGUUUAUGCGGCCUGGCAAGAUCUCCGAUUACUUCCCCAAGCCCUACUCGAAUCCCGAGGCCGCAAGGGCAGCAAACAAUGGGGCACUGCCCCCUGACCUCAGCUACAUCGUCAAUGCCAGGCACGGCGGUGAGGACUACGUGUUUUCCCUCCUGACUGGCUACUGUGAGCCGCCCACAGGCGUGGAGAUGCGAGAGGGGCUCUACUACAACCCCUUCUUCCCAGGUCAGGCGAUCGGCAUGGCCCCCCCGAUCUACAACGAGAUCUUGGAGUUUGAGGAUGGCACCCCUGCCACCAUGUCGCAGAUUGCCAAGGACGUCUGCACCUUCUUACGCUGGGCCGCGGAGCCAGAACACGACCACCGCAAGCGGAUGGGCCUCAAGAUGCUGCUGAUCGGGGGCCUGCUGCUGCCCCUCACCUACUACUUGAAACGGCACAAGUGGUCUGUCCUGAAGAGCCGGAAGAUUGUCUACCGGCCCCCCAAGUGACGCAGGCGGGCAGGCUGGACCUCUCUCUGAUGCCCGCGUGGCGCAGCCGCUGUCUCCUCUGCCCCAGGAACGUAUGUGCAGGGGGCCGGGGGCUCCCCACCCGUGCAUUGGCUGUUAUUUAACGUCUCUCCAUCCGCUCAGCCACCCACUAAGCCUUGGGGAAAGGACCCUGGGAGCUGGGGGUGGCAGGCACCCAUUAAACGCGUUUCUUCAACCCGAA